UUGACUAGACCGGAUAACAUCGGUAAAAGAGAGGAUGUAAACCUUGCUAUAUAUAUAAAAUUGAUUUGAAAUCAUAAAAGAUAUUUCGACAGUUUUUCAAAUCGGUCAGUCACAAUGAUGUCUAUGUUUCUCCUGGGAUGCGUCUAUAUGCUUGCACAAAGCACUGAAGGUGUAAUGGGUUUUCCUAAUGUGCCCCAAGAAAAUCCUUUUGCUGAUAUGAUACACGAAGUUGUCGCAGAGGAGCAAUUCACGGAUAUAAAGGAAAAUAAUGUUGUUGAAAGUAACCCAUUUGCAGCUAUGCUACAACUUGAAACACCUGAUAGUGGUUCUAUUAUAGAUCUCGAUUCUGAUAUACCUGACGGUGCUGACUUCAUCGAUGCUACUCCAAUUGAAUCCAACGAUUUUUACAGUUUACCUCCUUUAAGUAUCGAACCUGUUGUUACUCAUCUCGAAAGUAGUUCGGUAAUGGAGAUACUAAAGGAAGAAAGAAUGGCACGUCAUCGGUUAGAAAAAACUGUUACUUCCUUCCAAAAGAAAAUAAAUUCUUAUUGCGAUUUUGUUGGUUACACGGCAACAUCCAACAGCGGAUCCGUAUCAUCUGGCACUGUCAUCAAGUUCACUAACAUCCAGACAAGUUAUGGAAUAACGAACAAGUCAACCAUCACCACUUCAGGAACAUUCAAGGCAGAACACAGUGGUCUUUAUGUCGUAGGAGUUACAGUUAACUCAAAAACCAAUGCCGCCGCCUUUAAAAUAUUCAAAAAUACCCUACAGAUAACCCAGGUUUACAUCUCCGGGAAUUCCGGAACUGUUGACCAAAGUGGGACUGGAUUUAUCGUGGUUGAGCUCGGAAUCGGAGAUACUAUCAGCAUAAAAACCGGGAAAACAAUGUAUAUCUACGGGUCGUAUUCAAUCUUGACCGUAGCGAAAAUCAAAUAACUAGUUUUUGAACGUGGAGAUUUUAAAACUUCUUUGUAACCUUUUUUUGCAAAUUAAAGUCAUCUUUCUUUUGAAUAAAUUUGUGUUGCAUGUUGUAUCAGUAUAAAUGAAAAUACACACAUCCCCGCGUGGA